UAUCCAUGAUAAUACUGUACUGUACACAAUUCCGGCGAACCUGCAUAAUAUCUUGACGACCCAUAGUUUUAAUACAGGGUCGUAAAUGUCAGAAAUGAAUAUUUUACUUCGGACAACUCUGAUUCUACAACUUGUCAUCAAAGUUUCAACACAGUCGGCAUGUGGAAACGACAGUUCGGUUGCUGUGUGUAGCUGCCUGAUUGAUGGCAGGACUUGGACUAUUAAUUGUACGGGACUUGGACUCCGUAAUUUACCGGACGGAAUUCCGGUAAAUACUGCACACCUUUAUGCCGAGAGAAACAAUUUAACGGAGAUAGACGAUGACACGUUGCAACGACUGCCACACUUAACGGAUAUACGUUUAAACUUUAACAAGCUGAGUACUUUACCUAAGUUUCCAAAAGGAAUCAAAUUCAUAUCUGCUACAGACAACAACAUUCAAUCUAUUGAUGGUGCUUUUGAAGACUUAACUGAGCUUAUUCGAGUGAAUUUGGAAAACAAUAGAAUAAAUGUCCUUAAGAACACAACAUUUAAAGACACGACGCAACUUUCUGACUUGUAA